GGAUGAUCCCACAUCGCUGCCGCCCAGCAAGGACAACUGCAGUCGGCAGGAUGGCAUCGUCGCAGCGAAUUCGCAGCCUCAGUCAUGACGAGUCGGAACGCACGUUAAGCAAGCCCCCGACGAAGGCUCGGAUUCAAUCAGACAAUCGGUCUGCAAAGGUUGUCACGGUCGAACGCACAGGGUCGACCUUCGACAAGGCAGCCCAUCCGUCGACAAGCUUUCGGUUGAACGACGUCGAGAAGGGCUUCAACAACGUUGUGAAAAUCGUAAAGACGGCGUUUGUGGAGGACGAGAUCAAGCGCGCGAUGGAGUCGAAUUGGAUGCUCGUGGACACGGACGCGAGCGAAGUGGACGCGCUCGACGACGCGUUGGACACCCUCCGGGACGCGUUCCUGUUCACGACGUCGUUCUCUGAGAGCAAGUUGGACUCGAGCGCCCACUCCAUCAUUCUGCAUUGUGAAAAGGUCGCGGAGCGCAUCUUUGACCAAAAGGAAUCGCGCGAGGUGAUGCUGGCCAACUGGAACGACACCAACUUGAUGGCGAACCUCCAAAACAACUUGCAGGAAAUCAAAACGCUCGUGCUGCCACCCGUGAACCGCCGCGACAAAGCGGCGGACCUCAAGAUCCUUAAGCGUAUCGAGCGCUUCGUGUCGCUCAUGUCGACCAGCCUCCAGGCCAUGAAGGCGGACCUGCAGAGUUUCCUCACGGAUUUGGACAAGAUUCUGCUGGAAUGCAGUACGCUUCUCGUGGAAGUGAUUACGUUUCUGCACAUGCGAAGUCGGACUGCCGACUUUAGCGGCACGGGCGUCGCCGCCGGGGCUGCCGGACUGGUUGCAGGCGUCCUGGUCACGGUGACCGCGCUACUGACGGCGCCGAUGUCUGCGGGCUUGACACUGCCAUUCCUCGCCGCGGGCAAGGGGUUGAUUGCGUCUGGCGUGGCGACGCUAGCUCCAUGCGGGUUGAUGCUGGCGAGUCACAACAAGCAGCUGGAAGGUCUGGCUAGCUUGGUACGCAGUCUGAAAGCUCGGUUGGAAAUUUUGUUUCAGCGGCGAGAAGUGCUGGUGGCCGCGUACUACGCGUGCAUUGAAGCGGAGUUCAACAUUCAGCAUGGGGGUGCGUUCUGCAAGGAUGCCGUCGAGCUGGAGAUGUCCCCCCAGGACAAUUCGUUGCCGUUCAUGACGCUCGUGGAAAAGAAGCUCCGCGUGAUUGAAGACAACAUCGAAGUGUUUGGGUCGGAUCCGUCCGUGUUUCAUUGCUGCCACGAAGACGAACAACAGGAAAACGGGCUUCUGUACCAGGAUACAUAGAUGACAUUCCAGCGCUUCUAUAACCUAAUAUACUGUCACCAUAACGUUCA